AUGAUUAUCCACUUAAUAACCAGAAUGAAGCUGUCUCCAUUUUUCAUCGCCAUGAAUAACACUACAGUUGAUAGUAUUCGAGCGAUUGACAAAGAAUUAUAUCCAGCUUUAAUUCAAUGUUUUAUUAUUAUCGGUUUUGGUUAUAUUGCUGGUCAAUUGAGUAUAUUAACACAAUCACAUUCAAUUGGUUUAUCACGUUAUAUUAGUCAUUUUGCUUUACCAGCUUUAAUAUUUAAAAAUUUAGUAGUGAUUCAUUUUGGUAUGGUUUCAUGGCCAUUUUUAGCGUCUAUAUUCAUCGGAAAAUCUGUCAUAUUUUUUUUAACAGCUCUAACAACAUCAUUUAUUCAACGUCCAAUGAAUUAUGCUAAUGUUGGUUUAUAUUCAAUAAUCACAUCACAAUCAAAUGAUUUUGCGUUGGGAUAUCCAAUUGUUGAAGCACUUUAUCAACACUCACAUCCAGAUUUUUUACGUUAUAUUUAUUUAAUAGCACCUAUUUCAUUAGUUAUAUUAAAUCCUCUAGGAUUUUUACUUAUAGAAAUUCAACCUAGACUUGGCGCUAAACGUUCAGAUUCAUCUACUUGUCUUCGAUUAAUAUCAAAAAUAAUUCCUAAUCUUUGUAAGAACCCAAUUAUAAUCGCAACAGUUUUGGGUUGUAUAUUUAAUCGAAUAUUCAAACAGACACUACCAUACAUGCUUUUACGUAUUGUAACACCUUUAGCCGACUCAUUUAGCGCCACUGCUCUGUUUUAUCUUGGCUUACAAUUAGUUGGGAAAAUUCGGAAACUUCAUUCAUAUGUUAUUAUCACUGUUAUUAUAUUAAGCAUGAUUAAAUCCGUCUUUUUACCAUUAUUAAUUCGUCAAAUUGUUUUAAUGUUAAAACCAAAUGAUUCUAAAAAUCUAACUUUAGAAUAUUCGAAUUAUGGGUUUUUAUAUGGAACGUUCCCCGUUGCCCCUACAGUAGUCUUUUUUGUUCCUGAAGGAAACAUGUUUCUUCAAUCGAUUGCAUCAACAUGUUUAGUUGUUUCAACUCUAUUAGCUGCUCCUAUUAUGUUAAUAUCAGCGAAAAUGAUCGCAUUAUCAACAAUCGAUAUUAAAACAUCAACAUCCUAUGAAAACGCAUUGAGUCAAGCUGGAUUUGACGUUUCACUCAUUAGUCUAUUUUGUACAAUUAUUGUUUUUAUCGGAUUUAUGUUGAAAAGACGUUGGAAAAAAACCGCUUUAAUUCAUCGUUAUACACUUAUUCUUUUAAUAUUACAACUGAUGUUAGCUUUAUGGAAUAUACCAUCUUAUUACAUGAACACAAGUACGAGUACCUUGCAAAAUAUCGUACAAGGAAUUGGAGGAGUCUUUUUUGCAUUAUCAACAAGAACAUGGUCAGCAUCCAUUGCACUUGCUCUUAUGGUCAGAGUAUGUUAUGGUGUUCAAAAAACAAGACAGUUCUGUUGGUUUUAUCAUUUAUUCGGGUGGAGUUUUCCGAUUAUGUCAACAAUUAUUGUUUGUGUGCAAUCAUCAAAGAAACAAUCACCACUGGCACUUGAAAAAUUUGGUGUUAUUCACAUAAUAUCAUCGAUGAUUAUUCUUUUCAUAUCAGUAUUAUUGGGUACAUGCUGUCUUAUUCGUGUGGCUAGACGAACAUAUCGUUUAAAACAUGAUGAAAAUCAACGAAGGCUAAGUCAUAAUGACUUGUCAGUAACAAUCAAUGAAUCAAAACCAUUGAUUAAUACCGAUGAUAACUCAUCAAGACAAAGUGAUGAAUUAAACGAAACAACAACGACUUCUGCGUCAAUAACAUUCGAUAGUUAUUCAGCGAACGGGCUGAUUGAAGCCAAUCCGCAGAUUCUACGACAUGGUAUAUUGUUAUCUUUACUGACGCUCAAUGGAGUCCUAUGUUUCUCAAUACUGGCAUGGUCAUUCGUUGACCCUAGUCGUAAUACUGGAAUUUAUUACGAAUUGCAGUUUCUUGAUUCAGUAUUACUCUACGGUCAAGGAUUUAUCACAUUUCUUGUCUUUGCACUUGAUGUAGAUGUCUUGUUACCUAUAGCGAGAAGUCUUGCCGCUGGAUUAAAGUAUGUUGGAUACGGAGGAUUACAAGAAUUUUUGAAUGCUAAUACGCAAACAAAAAACAUGGAGAAAAAACCUCGGUUAAUGGAUGAUGACACUUUGAUCAAUUUUGAACAAAAUGUCAAACCAAAUUUUCUUAAUCAUAUCACAGAACUAAACAGCUUAAUAUCCAUUGAUGCUGAUAAACAAAAUUUAGUAUUUAAUGGAACUGUAUUUAUUGAUUGGUUAUUGAAAAAUAUUAUGUCUCACGGAUUAAAUCUUUUAUUUUUAAAACGUUUUUAUAAACUUUUUCAUGUAUUUAUACCGAUAUCACGUCUAUCAUUGACAAAUAUUGAUAAAAACUCUUCCACACCAAAGUACUCAUGCCCAUAUCUACAUCCAUUACUGCUUAUAUUAGUUAUACUAGGGAAUGAAGGCUUGUUAGAAUAUGUUAUUUAUCUCGUUGGUUUAUUACCGGCGAAAUUUUAUGUACAAUUAGGAGCAUCACCAAACAAUCGUGAUAUACCAGCAUUUAAGUGGCUUGUCAUUCAAUCAUUUGUUUAUGUUUGUUUCAAUGCUUUUCUAAAAUCCUCAUCACACUUUUUAGCAUCUAUUCUAUACGUAAAAUGGCGAACAAGUCUUGUUUGUUAUUUGCAAACAUUUUAUUUUACAAAACAACGUUAUUUUCAUCUGUCGAAUACAACCUAUGAACAAAAAUAUAAACAAAAGCAAGAGGAAGAAAGCAGACAAACGUACAAAAAUUAUACAUUACAAGCAGCGAACGAGGGCGAUAAUGUUUCACAUUCAAAUUCAUCCAUCUUAGUCUCGCUGAAUUCUUCUGCUUCAUCACCAUCAUCAUCAUCACAAGUCUCUAAUGACUCCUUCAUUGAUGUUGAUAAUCCUGAUCAACGUAUUACACAGGAUACAGAUCAGUUAUGUAGAACAUUAGCGGAUAUUAUUCCAUUAUUGCUUGUUUCACCGUUUACUAUUGCUUUUUAUGUCUAUCGGACAUGGCAAAUAACAGGAUAUUGGGGACCAUUAUCUAUUUUUCUCUACUUUAUUCCAUCAACAAUAAUUAAUAAAUAUUUUAUUUCAUUUGUAUCACGUACAAUUUAUAAACAAAACAGUUAUGAAGGUGGUUAUCGUUAUUUACAUGCACAAAUUCGUAACUAUAAUGAACCAAUUGCAUUUUACGAUGGUGGUUUAUUUGAAUUAAAACGUUUUAAUUUAUAUUUUAAGUCAAAAAUACGUGCAAUAUUAUAUCGUCGGAUAAUUCAAGAAUUUUUUCUAUCCUUAACAACAAAUUUAUAUGAUUAUAUUGGUAGUAUUUUAAGUUAUCUAUUGAUAUCAAUAACUAUGUUCAUAUUUCAUCUAUACGAUCAUUUACCACCAUCUGAUAUAACCAAAACAAUAAGUGAAACAUCAUUUAUAACAAUGUAUUUGAUAUUUCGUUUUAGUAUGUUAAAUGAUUUAACAGAUAAAAUGACAAUAAUAGCAGCAAAUACUCAUCGUGUACAAAUAUUUGUUGAGUGGAUGUCUAAAGUAGACCUAAAGUGGAAUGAUAGUAAUAGUCAAUCAGCCGCAUCAACAAUUGGUGAUAGUGGGAGUGGAAAAACAUCUUUAUUUCGCGUAUUGUAUUCACUAUGGCCAGUUACAACAUUAAAUGGAAAAUUUUAUUUCGAUCGAACACAAUCAUUUUUAUUACCACAACGUCCUUAUUUCACAAAUCAAUCAUUAUACGAUGAAUUAUUUUAUCCGAAUUACGCAACACAUUUACCAACAAUUGAUCAACAAACAGAAAUUAAACGUUUAUUAACUGAAUGGAAUCUUGCACAUAUUUUACAACAUGUUAAUUCUAAUUUGUUUUUAUGUCCCAGAUAUUCGUGGAAUGAUUUGUUAUCACCUGGUGAAUUACAGCGUCUAUCAUUUAUACGUUUUCUUCUUCAAGAAAAAUUUCAAAUACAAUCAAUUAAAUUAUUAUUUCUUGAUGAAAUAACAUCGAGUGUGGAUUUAAAUACGGAAAUGAAAAUUUAUAAUUAUCUAAUGGAAAAACGGCUAACAAUAAUUAGUAUUGGACAUAGACAAAGUCUUAAAAAAUACCAUCAAAUUGAACUUAAAAUAUAUGUGAAUGGUGUAUAUACAAUCGAAGAUAUUAUGCACAAUUAA